AUGAUAUUGAUAGUCAUUGCCCUUGGCUUCAUCACCAUUUCAUACCCAAACAACAACAACCUCACCUCCCUACCUUCCCAAUUCUCCCCACCCGCCAGCCGCCUCAAAACUAACCCGACCGAUCUCAGCCAUCUCGUGUUCGGCUUGCUCGCCUCCGAAAAGGCCUGGCCCAACCGAAAAUCGUACAUCGAGUCGUGGUGGCGGCCCAACUACACCCGUGGCUUCCUCCUCCUCGACAAACCCCCGGGGCCCAAGCUCGUGCCCUGGCCCGAGACCUCCCCUCCCUACCGGGUCUCGGAUGAUUUAACAAAAUUACUUAACAAGACCAAUAUCCGGGCCCAGAGGAUGGUGCACGGGAUAAUGGAGGUCCUGAGGGAGCUUGAACUAGUUGACGAUAAAGAAGACGGUUUCAGAUGGGUGGUGAUGGGGGAUGACGACUCGAUUUUCUUCGUGGACAAUAUGGUCGACGUGCUUAGUAACUACGACCACGAGAGGUAUUACUAUCUCGGUGGGAAUUCGGAGAGCAUAGUGUCGAAUUAUCUGUUUUCGUUCGACCAGGCUUUUGGUGGGGGUGGGAUAAUUCUGAGCCGAAAGCUGGCGAAAGCUCUUGCUCGGGACAUGGAGAGUUGUCUCAAGAGGUACGUGUUUUUGAAUUCGGCUGAUAACACCACCAGGGCCUGUAUUGCAGACAUUGGAGCUAACCUGUCUCCAAACAAAGGAAACCAUCAGGUUGAUUUACGUGGUGAUAUAUCUGGCUUGUUAUCCUCCCACCCCCUGUCCCCACUCUUGUCCCUCCACCACUUUGACAAGGUGGGCCCCAUCUUCCCCAACAUGGACCGCCACCUGUCCACGCGCCACCUCAUGAAGGCGGCUGGUGCCGGCCAGUCCCGCCUCCUCCAGCAAACUAUCUGCCACAACAGGCUGACCAACUGGACCUUCUCCGUCUCCUGGGGCUACUCGGCCUACAUAUACGAGAACAUCUUCUCCAGGAGCUACCUUCAAACUCCCAUCGAGACGUUCAGACCGUGGCUAGCGGACCCAAAGCCCCCGUUCUACUUGUUCAACACAAGGCCACGCUCGCGGGACCCGUGCGUGGCUCCCCACGUCUUCUUCUUCGAGUCGGUGGCGCAGGGUCCGCACGAGGUUCUCACCAGCUAUUCCCGAGCGUGGCCUCGAGGCAUGCCGGCCUGCUCAUCCACGGGCAAUCGUUCGGCGGAUUACGUGCAGCGGAUUCAAGUCUUCUCGCCUGCCGUUAAACGGACUCAGUUUCGGGCGACAGAGAAGUCAUCUUCAAAUUCCGAAAAGGGAAGAGAGUGGAGUCCAGUUCAGAACAAGAAGAGCAAGACUCAACAAUUCACUGAGUUGGGCUUAGGUGAACCUGGCUCCAAAGAGUCAAGUACAUUGCAUGGUCCCGCUUCAGAGAAAGAGGAGAGACAAGAGAUUCGGGCCGAGCAUGGAACAUGCCCUAACAAGGAGGGGUUGGGUGGAGUCUUGCCAAGAGGAGGUGCCAAGUUCGAGAGAGUCGGGUCCAGGGCAAAAGAGGAGGGAUUGGGUGGGCUAGCGGGUGGGGAGGUCGGAAGAGUAGAAAAAGGGGGAGAAAUAUGGGGAGAGGGUUCAAUGUCAGGGUCUUUUCCCUUGUUAAUGUAA